UUACUAUUGGUCCGUUUGUAUGCUCUUGGGCAUGUUCAUGUUCCUAAUGCUAAACUUGCAUAUGAGCUAUAUUCACAGACAUAACUUAGUACUUAUGAUGAGAUACAUAGGCAUAGGAACAUCUGCAGUUGGAGCCAUUCUCAAGGUGGGAACCUUCCUCUUCAAUCGCCGAUCUCUGAUAAAUUAUCACCGGACGCUGAAUGAUCUUUUCGAGGAGGAGCUUGCGCGGAACGAGAAAACGCGAACGAUAAUGCUUUCGUUCCUGCCCACAAUGUGCAUCUUGGCGUACACAUAUUCUGCCAUUAUGAUGGCAUUAGUCUUGGCGUAUUUUGUUCCUCCAUAUUUAUUCAUAAUCCGCGAUCUCCGUCAUCUCCAUUUAACUACGAAUUACACCCUACCACUCAGUAGAAGAUACGGGCACUUCUGGCCCGUUCCCGACAAUUUUUUGUAUCAUUUUCAUCUGCUCCUCGAGACGAGUCUAGCAUCGCUCAGCAGCACAACGGCGGCCAGCGUUGAUAGUGCCUUUGGCUUAUAUGUCUAUCAAUUUGCCUCGACGAUGCACGCCAUGACUUUCAGGCUCACGAAUCCUUUGCCCACCGAGAAGUUUUCAGACGUUCUAAGGACGUGCGUGGAGAAGCAUCAGAAGCUACUGCAAUGCCGUGACACGCUGGAGCAUAACUAUGGGCAUUUUGUCCUUUACCACGUUGUCUCCAACGCCGUGCUUCUUUGCUCACUGAUAUACGAGGCGAUGACAUUCUCGAGCUUUAACGUUAGGAACUUAACCGAGUUUAUGACAUUCGCUUUAGUAAAACUGUUUCAACCGUUUAUAUACACAUGGUACGGCACUGUCCUCACAAAUGCG